AUGGCUAAACCAUUGUUCCCUUUUGGUCUGUGUUGUGCUGUGAUAUUUUUUUCUUCUGUUUUUGAGUUGGGAAAUGCCAUAACUCAGAAAUCCCCAGAUGGAACUCAAAAGUGGGGCUACGUUGAAGUCAGACCCAAAGCGCAUAUGUUCUGGUGGCAUUACAGAAGCCCUUUUAAAGUCAACCAGGCCUCCAAGCCGUGGCCGACCAUUCUAUGGUUACAGGGCGGACCGGGUGGAUCCGGAGUUGGGAUAGGGAACUUUGAAGAAAUUGGGCCACUGGACACCAAUUUGAAGCCAAGAAGCUCGACUUGGUUGCGAAAAGCUGACCUCUUAUUUGUGGAUAAUCCGGUUGGGACGGGAUACAGCUACGUGGAGGAUACGGGGGAAUUUGCGAAAGGCGAUGGGGAUGCGGCUGCCGACAUGACGACUCUACUAACGGAGGUUUCGAACGAUAUUGUCGGAUUACAGAACAGUCCUCUGUAUAUAAUUGCGGAGUCUUAUGGGGGCAAAUUUGCUGUCACUCUUGCACUCGUCCUCCUUCAGGCCAUCCAAGCCGGCAAAUUAAAGCUUAACCUCAGAGGAGUGGCCUUAGGAGACAGCUGGAUUUCCCCGGAAGAUUACACGUCUUCGUGGGGUCCACUUCUCAAAGACCUCUCACGGCUUGGCAGCAUUGGAUUGGAGAAUUCAAACAGAGUAGCUUUAAAGAUCAGUCAGCAAAUUAAAGAGGGGAAUUAUGAGAAUGCAACCCUUUCCUGGAGCGAGCUUGAAGAAAUAAUUACCACUACGAGCAACAAUGUGGAUUUCUAUAACUUUAUGUUGGAUUCUGAUAUGGAUCCAAUAUCUGGAAGUGUAAGUGAGAGUGCAGAAAGGAAUGAAAUUGGUGCACAAAAAUUAAAAAGAUACUCUCAAUAUCUCAGUUUCCGAAGGUACAAACCUGGAGGUGGAGCAGACUUGGACGCCUUAAUGAAUGGACAAAUUAAGAAAAAACUCCAAAUCAUACCACAAAAUCUUAAGUGGGGUGGUCAAGCAGAAUCCGUCUUUCAAUUUUUUGCGGGAGAUUUUAUGAAACCUAGAAUUAAUGAGGUUGAUGAGUUGCUUGCUAAAGGUGUUAAUAUGACUGUUUAUAAUGGUCAAGUUGAUCUUAUUUGUUCAACUAAGGGAACAGAAGCAUGGAUUGAUAAGCUCAAGUGGGAUGGGCUUAAAGAAUAUUUAAACACGGUGAGAACUCCACUAUUUUGUGGAAAUGAGAAACACACCAAGGGCUUCACCCGAUCAUAUAAGAACCUCCACUUCUAUUGGAUCCUUGGAGCUGGCCACUAUGUGCCAGUUGAUCAACCGUGUGUAGCAUUGGAUAUGGUGGGUGCAAUCACAGACUCGCCAGCUUCUUAA